UUCAUGGUGAUGGAGAACGAGAAAAGGAGGUGCAUUUCCACGGAGGAACUCGAGAAGCAUAACAAAGCGUCGGAUCUGUGGAUCUCGAUCCAGGGCAAGGUCUACGAUGUCACGGAAUGGCUCAAGGAUCAUCCUGGCGGUGAACUCCCGUUGCUGAACCUCGCCGGACAGGAUGCCACCGACGCCUUCAUCGCCUUCCACCACGGCAUUUCUUGGAAGCAAUUGGAUCGCUUUUUCAUCGGUCAUUACUCCGAUUACCGUGUCUCCGAGGUCUCUAAGGAUUACCAGAAACUCGUCGCCGAAUUCGUCAAGAUGGGACUUUUUGGGAAGAAGGGUCACGGUGUCUUCUUCUCCCUUUGUUUCAUGUUCUGCUUGUUUGUGACCGCAGUGCUCGGCGUUGUGGCAACGCGCAAUGUUUGGAUUCAUUUGCUCUCCGGUGGCCUCAUGGGGUUUCUCUGGAUUCAAUCCGGAUGGGUGGGGCAUGACGCCGGCCAUUACCAGAUCAUGACCAAUCGCCGCUUCAACCGUUUGGCUCAACUCAUCACCGGAAACUGCCUCACCGGAAUCAGCAUUGCUUGGUGGAAGCUCACUCACAAUGCCCAUCAUAUCUCUUGCAAUAACUUGAACUUUGAUCCUGAUCUUCAACACAUGCCAAUGUUCGUUGUAUCCUCACAUUUCUUCAAGUCAUUGACAUCCAACUUCUAUGAACGAAAGAUGAAUUUCAAUGCAGUAACUAGAUUCCUUGUGAGCUAUCAGCAUUGGACAUUUUACCCUGUUAUGAGUGUUGCAAGAAUCAAUCUUUUUGUUCAGUCAUUAGUGUUGUUGUUGUUGUCGAAACGGAAGGUGCCGGAUAGGUGGCAGGAGAUAGUUGGAGUGCUUGUGUUCUGGACAUGGUAUCCAUUUUUAGUCUCAUUCCUGCCCAACUGGGAAGAAAGGUUCAUGUUUGUGUUUGCUAGUUUUCUUGUCACUGGACUUCAACAUGUUCAGUUUUGUUUAAAUCACUUCUCUUCCAAUGUGUACAUUGGGCAUCCAAAAGGGAAUGAUUGGUUUGAGAAGCAAACAAUGGGGUCUCUUGACAUUACUUGUUCUCCAUGGAUGGAUUGGCUUCAUGGAGGUUUGCAGUUUCAAGUUGAGCACCAUUUGUUCCCUAGAUUGCCAAGGUGCCAUUUGAGGAGGAUAUCUCCUGUGGUUAAGGAGCUAUGCAAGAAGCACAAUUUGAGCUACUCUAGUGCUUCAUUUAUUGAGGCUAAUUGCCGGACUUUGGCCACUCUGAGGACUGCUGCAUUGCAGGCUAGAGACUUGGGUAAUCCAGUACCAAAGAAUUUGGUUUGGGAGGCAGUGAACACUCAUGGUUGAUGGUGCACAGCAAGUCUCUGAAUUCUUCUUGCAUCUCUUCUUGAAUGAAUAAUUUUUGGCCCUUUUUGGUCUUGAUCAUGUUAUGUUGAAGUUUGGUUGUAACAGAGAACUGAUGUUUUUUAGGC